CCAGCGGCUUCCGGUUCCGGUGAGUCAGUGCGUGACUUGAGUGUUCGCUUGAGAAACCUGUGAGCGAUUCCGGGCUGGACGAGACCGGCCAUGGCGGACGGGGACGCGGAGCGGACCGAUGGCCGCAUCGUGAAAAUGGAAGUGGAUUACAGCGCUACGGUAGACCAGCGCCUGCCCGAGUGCGAGCAAAUGGCCCGGGAUGGAAGGCUUCAGGAAGCAAUUGAAACAUUGCUGUCAUUGGAAAAACAGACUCGAACUGCUUCUGAUAUGGUUUCCACAUCUCGCAUCUUAGUUGCUGUAGUAAAAAUGUGUUAUGAUGCUAAAGACUGGAAUGCUCUUAAUGAAAACAUCUUUCUUCUUUCGAAAAGGAGGAGUCAGUUAAAACAGGCAGUUGCUAAAAUGGUCCAACAGUGCUGUACAUAUGUUGAAGAGAUCACAGAUUUGCCAACCAAAUUGCAGUUGAUUGACACAUUACGUACAGUGACGGAAGGAAAGAUAUACGUUGAAAUUGAGAGGGCUCGACUGACAAAUACAUUGGCAACAAUAAAAGAACAGAAUGGUGACGUAAAAGAAGCAGCCUCAAUUUUGCAGGAACUUCAGGUGGAGACCUAUGGAUCGAUGGAAAAGAAGGAACGUGUGGAGUUCAUUUUGGAACAGAUGAGGCUUUGUCUGGCAGUAAAGGACUACAUUCGGACUCAAAUUAUCAGCAAAAAAAUUAACACCAAAUUUUUCCAGGAAGAAAACACCGAAAAACUAAAAUUGAAAUACUACAAUUUAAUGAUUCAGUUGGAUCAGCAUGAAGGUUCUUAUCUUUCCAUUUGUAAACACUACAGAGCUAUUUAUGAUACACCCUGCAUCCAGGCUGAAGGUGAAAAAUGGCAACAGGCACUGAAGAGUGUUGUCUUGUAUGUCAUCCUAUCCCCUUAUGAUAAUGAACAGUCUGACUUGGUGCAUAGAAUAAGCAGUGAUAAGAAACUAGAAGACAUUCCCAAAUAUAAAGAUCUUUUAAAACUGUUUACUACUAUGGAAUUGAUGCGCUGGACUACCCUUGUGGAGGAUUAUGGGAAAGAAUUGAGGGAAGGAUCCCUUGAAAGUCCUGCAACAGAUGUGUUUGGAUACACAGAGGAAGGUGAAAAAAGAUGGAAAGAUUUAAAAAACAGAGUAGUGGAACAUAAUAUUAGAAUAAUGGCAAAAUAUUAUACCAGAAUUACUAUGAAGAGAAUGGCACAACUUUUGGAUUUAUCAGUUGAUGAAUCUGAAGAAUUUUUGUCCAACUUAGUGGUGAAUAAGACCAUCUUUGCAAAAGUUGAUAGGCUGGCGGGAAUUAUCAACUUUCAGAGACCCAAGGACCCAAAUAACUUACUCAAUGACUGGUCUCAGAAGCUCAAUUCCCUGAUGGCUCUAGUUAACAAAACUACACACCUCAUUGCCAAAGAGGAGAUGAUACAUAACUUGCAAUAAGGUGCCUCAGUAGCCUUAAUGCUUUAGAGAGGCAUUGAAUUGGCCAUAGAGACUUUAUCCCACUGUAUAUUUUUUCAUCUCUCCCUUCCAGAUGAAACUUAGAACAUAAUCACUCUUGAAGAAUUGUUGACAAUUAAGUUCCUUUGAUUAUUAAUUUGGUUUAUAACAAUUUUUUUGCUGCAAUUGAUGGGGAAAAAUAAAAUUGUACUGCUUGUGUAAUGGAAAUGGCCUUUGAUUUAUCCCAAUUCAUCCUGGAUUUGUCUGAUUUGCAUAUCUUUUUACACUGCUAGAUAUAUGUUGUAAUACAUUCUUUUAUAAAGAAAUGUGACAAAGUGUUUAUUUAAUGUUGAUUCUCUUAGACUGAAAUUUCAAGCAUGAAACAAUUUCUCUCCAAUACUAAAGUAUGGUAGGUUUAUAGCAGAUCAAGAAAAGCAUGGAAUUAAAUUGUAGCUGUUUUGUAUGUUUUUAUACAUCAAUGCUUUUCACCUACAUUUAUCUAGGUACGUUAACAUAAACAGUUACCAAAAAAAGUCUAAAGCAUUGCUGAUAACUUCAUUAUGUUUUGAUGAAGGAACUUAUCCAGGCUAUUUCAAGUAACCUUAAGAUCUAAAAUGAAAGCAAAAUGUAAAUAAAUCAAACUGGUUUUUUAACCUUGCAUUCAACUGGUAAAUAGCCAUUUAAGUUUUGGCUCAUAAACUUGAAGGUUAAAUUUUAAAUGUACAGGCCUGCAGAGAGCUAUAUGCUGCAAUUAAUUAAUUAUAUGAGCCAUGUUCAGAUAUUAACACAGGUUGUUUCCAACUAAACUUGUUUUUAAAAUGGCACUUAAAACACUAUAAAGCAUGCAUAGGUAAGUGUCUUGGAUACAUUGAGGUUAAUGCUUUGAGCUUGCAUUUUUAAAAUUGUAUUCUUUUAUAUUAUUUGGCAACUUGCAAAUUUUCAUUGGGAGAUUGUGAUGCGGCGUAGAGGGGUGGACUCUGCUAUUCUAAAGAACAAAUUGGUCCAACAUUGGAUCAUAGCCUAUAUAAACAAACAAAAAUAGAUAUUUGUUACAUGUUUUAUUCCAUUUUGCAUGGUACGAUGUAAAUAGAACAGUUGCUUGUACAGGCAAUUUUUUGUUUAGGCUCCUUCUGAGGUUUACUAUUUCAUAUAAGAAUUGUUGAUAGUUAAUCUUCAUCUCUUGCUGUUGUAUCAGAUUAUUUUUUUGUCAGAAACUUGAAGUGAGUUUACACAGAACUUUCAGCGAGCUUGUGAUCAAGAGUUUGUUUAGACCCUGGACCUCAGUUAAUGGCUUGAUUUAAAGAGAUGCCUGUAGAAGAGGAGGAUGGAAAGUGAUAUUUCUGAAUGUUUUCCAACCCCCUCCCCCCUAGUCUCUUUGAUAUAGGAGAACUCUUUUUGUGGGUUAGGAAAGGGCAAUAGAUAAUUUUCCAGAAGGAGCCACCCUAAUCUUGGCCCUGUAAAACUUAACCUUUAAUUUAAGUGCUAUGUAUUGCAUGUGGUGUCUUAAUAAUGUAACUAAGGGCCAGAAGAUGCAAUACUUGACAUGAAGUGCUUGUCCAGCGUACUAUGUGUGGCUAUGUUGUGCUGCUCAUGUUGUGAUACAAGCCCAGGGAGUAUCUAAAACCAUGCUUGAUUCUCAUUACGUAUUAAGGUAUACAAAAUUGAGAGAUUCAUUUCUUACCCGCUUUUACUAAAGUUAGCACGUGUCAUAAGGCCAAUGUCAAUUGAACUCUGUUGCUACAUUGCAAAAUGUUGAUCGCUGCCUUCAAAGAUUACAGAAGGUCCCACUGCCCAAUUUUUAGAUAGCUUCCCUUAAAUUCUUGUGCAGUUGUUCAGUUUAUGCAGGAUUAUUCUACACAACAUUAAAAAAAAUUUCAGUGGCAAAAAAACCCCAAACAAAUGCACUUAAUUCUAUGGAUUUGAACAAAUGCCGAUUGUCUUCCCCCCCCCCCAUAACACAAUCCUAAAUUCUUCUGAGUUUCUGUCUGCUAUGACAGUGGUGCCUCCUGUGCUUUUUAUAUGACAUUCAACUUAUAUGAUAGAUAUAUUUUAUUUUCCCUGUGGUUCCUUUUGCCUUUUCCAGAGGGGGGUCUAGGACAACUCGGUGCGGCCAACUUGCCACAGGACAACUCGUCACAGGACAAGAGUUACACUAACAUCGAAGAAAUGGUGGAACAGAAUCAUUAAAGAAAGGAUGCAAAAGGAGGGGCAAAAUGAAAUGUAAAUGGCAAAAAUUAAAAUAUUUUUCAAAUUAUUGUAAAUACUUGAAUUGUUCCUCAGAGUUGUCCCACGGUGAGUUGGCCGCACCGAGUUGUCCCAUUCUGUUCUAGAGCAGAGGUCCCCAACCCUUUGGCCACCAGGGACCGGUUACGUGGAUAGGUUUUUCCGUGGACCGGAGGGGGUGUGGUUUUGUGUGCUGCCUGCAUUUUGCAGAUGAGGCUUUGCUUUUUUGUGCGGCCUGGUACUGGUCCACGGAUUGGGGGUUGGGGACCCCUGUUCUAGGGUCCAUUUUAAACACUCAUCAGAGACAUGCAUUCCAUUAAGUCAUUGCUUAAUCGAAGUUUGCUGAAUAAAUCACAAUUGGCCAUGUCUGUACUGUAAUUUAAAAAUUCUUGUGGCUGGGAUACCAGAACGUACCAAUUAAACCAAUUGCAUUAUAUGUGUUGUGUGAUCCAGGUGAAAAUUAACAUCCACUCCAUCAAGAUACUUUUGUAGAUUACAGACUUUUAGCAAACUGAAAAAACUCUUG